CGCCUGAGCCGAGCGGAGGAUGGAGAACCGGCCUGGGUCCUUCCAGUACGUCCCUGUGCAGUUGCAAGGGGGGGCGCCCUGGGGCUUCACCCUUAAGGGGGGUCUGGAACACUGCGAACCGCUCACGGUGUCGAAGAUUGAAGAUGGGGGCAAGGCAGCCUUGUCCCAGAAGAUGAGGACUGGUGAUGAGCUGGUGAAUAUCAAUGGCACUCCAUUGUAUGGCUCCCGCCAAGAGGCCCUCAUCCUCAUCAAAGGUUCCUUCCGGACCCUCAAGCUGAUUGUGAGGAGGAGAAACGCCCCUGUCAGUAGGCCGCACUCAUGGCAUGUGGCCAAGCUGCUGGAGGGAUGCCCUGAAGCGGCUACCACCAUGCAUGUCCCUUCUGAAACCUUCAGCUUGUCCUGGCAUUCCGGCUGCAACACAAGUGACGUGUGUGUGCAGUGGUGUCCACUCUCCCGGCACUGCAGCACUGAGAAAAGCAGCUCUAUUGGCAGCAUGGAGAGCCUGGAGCAACCAGGCCAAGCCACCUAUGAGGGUCACCUCUUGCCCAUUGACCAGAACAUGUACCCCAACCAGCGUGACUCAGCCUAUAGCUCCUUCUCAGCCAGCUCAAAUGCCUCUGACUGUGCCCUUUCCCUCAGGCCAGAGGAGCCAGCCUCUGCAGAAUGCAUCAUGCAAGGCCCAGGGUCAACUAAGGCCCAUAAUGGCAGGCCUAAUGUGCCUGAGACCUCAGGAAGUAGCCGGCGCACCAGCGGGGGCCACCUGACUCCCAGCUCCCAGCUGCCAUCCCGCCCACGGGAGAUCCACCACUCAGGGCCUGCCAAGGCUGCCAAGGGCCCGCCACAACCUCCGGUGAGGCGAGACAGUCUUCAGGCCUCUAGAUCCCAACUCCUCAAUGGAGAGCAGCGCAGGGCUCCUGAGCCUGCAGACUCUUUACAACGGGAGAAACUGAGUUUAGACACUACGCUAUCCCCAAGGAACCCUAACAGGUUUUGCUGCCUCAGCGGGCAAGACCAAGUGACAAACGAGGGCCAUCAGAACUGUGAGCUCAGCCAACCUCCUGAAUCCAGCCAGCAGGGUUCUGAGCACCUACUGAUGGAGGCCUCAUCCAAAGCUGUUGGAUUCCAAAAAUCAUAUGACAAAGCUUCCAGUAUAAAUUCCAGCCCACUCAACAAGGCUUCAGCAGAGCUAGCUAAGACUUCUUUUAGCAGCCCUCAACACCUCACAGCACCCACAGGCCAUCGCCAUAGUGCCCCUGAACAGCUGCUGGCAUCCCACUUGCAGCAUGUGCACCUUGAUACCAGGAGUACCAAGGGGAUGGAGCUCCCAACUGGGAAGGAUGGACAUGAGUGGACUCUGUCCCCUUUACAUAGCAGCCACACAGGGAAGAAAAGUCCAUGUCCCCCUGCAGGAGAAACCAAGGACCAGCCCAGCAAAGAGAGAAAGACCAGACCAGUGGAUGAAAGGCCUUUGGGUUCGGGGCACCAGAGCCCAAGCAGUUCCCCCCAUAGAGAAGCUGAUGGACACCCUCCAGAAAGAGGUCUCCAGGACCCAAACAGAGCAAGCAAAGCAGGCAGUGAGUUAGCCAGCCAGCAGCCCUCUGCCUCUGGCUCUCUUGUUCAACAAACCAGGGACUGUUCUUCAACCACUAAAGUAGCUGGCACCACAGAGGCAACUGAAGAAGGGGACAGUGAGUCCAAGGAGUGUGGCUGGGUGGGUGGUCGGCGAAAUGGAGGGACCCGGGGCCGCUCUAUCCAAAACCGGCGGAAGAGUGAGCGUUUUGCUACCAACCUGCGUAAUGAAAUUCAGAGGAGGAAGGCCCAGCUUCAGAAAAGCAAGAGCCCCUUAUCACAGCUGUGUGACACUAAGGAGCCAGUGGAAGAGACUGAGGAGCCCCUAGAAAGUCCUCCACUUCCUGCCUCUAACUCAUCUCUACUACCUUCACAUAAAAAACCACCUAGCCCCAGAGACAAGCUCUUCAAUAAGAACAUGAUGCUUAGGGCAAGGUCUUCAGAGUGCCUCAGCCAAGCCCCUGAGAGCCAUGAAUCUAGGACAGACUUAGAAGGACGAAUAAGCCCUGGCCAGAGGCCUGGCCAGUCCUCUUUGGGCCUGAAUACCUGGUGGAAUGCAUCUGACCCAUCCUCCUCAGACUCUGAGAAAACAAAGGUUCACCAUGGAGUCCGUGGAGGUCACUGGAGAUGGUCUCCAGAACACAACCUGCAGCCACAUGUGGCACUAGCCACAGAAGGCCCUUCCAACCCAGGUGAUAACAAGGAAUUGACAGUUUCUACCACUCAAGCUGAGGAGGAAGCCAUCCUCUUGCCCUUUGCAGACAGAAGAAAGUUUUUUGAAGAGAGUAGCAAAUCCCUAUCUACAUCUCAUUUGCCAGGUUUAAGCACUCAUAGUAACAAGACUUUUACCCAGAGACCAAAACCUAUAGACCAAAACUUCCCGCCAAUGAGCUCUAGCUAUAGGGAAUUGAGGCGCCAUCCCAUGGACCAAUCAUAUCGUGCCAAAGACAAAUCAUAUCAUUCCAUGUCACCCCUUCAGUCAGAAACUCCUACUUACUCAGAAUGUUUUGCAAGCAAAGGUCUAGAACAAUCCAUGUGUUGUAAGCCACUGCACUGUGGUGAUUUUGAUUACCACAGGACCUGCUCUUACUCCUGCAGUGUCCAGGGAGCUGUAGUACAUGACCCUUGCAUUUAUUGUUCUGGGGAAAUCUGCCCUGCUUUGCGAAAGAGAAAUAUGAUGCCAAACUGCUACAACUGCCGAUGUCACCAUCACCAAUGCAUUCGGUGUUCAGCUUGCUAUCAUAAUCCCCAGCACAGUACCCUCGAAGACAGCACCUUGGCACCUGGCAAUGCUUGGAAACCCAGGAAGCCUACAGUGCAGGAAUUUCCUGGGGACAAAUGGAAACCAAUAACAGGAAACAGGAAGACCAGCCAGUCAGGGAGGGAAAUGUCUCAUUCCAACGCUGGCUUUUCAUGGGCAACCCACUUCCAUUCUUGCCUUGAGAACCCAGCACUGGAUUUGUCAAGCUACCGAGCAAUCUCUUCUCUUGACCUCCUUGGAGACUUCAAACACUCCUUAAAAAAAACAGAGGAAACUUCAGUUUAUGAAGAGGGGAGCCCCAUGGCCUCCACAUCCCACCCACUGCGCAGCCGUGCCUUCUCAGAGAGCCAUAUCAGUUUGGAACCCCAGAGCUCCCGGGCCUGGGGGCAGCAUAGGAGGGAGCUCUUUACCAAAGUUGAUGAGACCCAGCCGGAUCCUCUGGGAGCCAGGAAGAAGGCCUUUCCUCCACCUCGCCCUCCUCCUCCCAACUGGGAGAAGUACAGGCUCUUCCGUGCAGCCCAGCAGCAGCAACAGCAGCACAAGCAGCAACAGCAGCAGCAAGAGGCAGAGGAAGAGGAAGAGGAGGAGGAAGAAGAGGAGGAGGAGGGGGUUGAGGAGGAGGAGGAGGAGGGGGUUGAGGAGGAGGAGGAGGGAGGGGAGGACGACGAGCUGCCACCCCAGUAUUUCAGUUCAGAAAGCACUGGUCCUUGUGCUCUCAAUCCUGAGGAGGUCCUGGAGCAGCCACAACUCCUGGGCUUUGGUCACCUGGAGGUCUCAAGGCAGGGCACACAAAGCCUCCCAGCAGAGCAAGAGUCCUUUGCUCUCCAUUCCAGCGAUUUCCUGCCUCCAAUACGGGGCCACUUGGGAUCUCAACCUGAGAAGGCUCAGCCCCCUUGCUAUUAUGGUGCCGGUGGACGUUGGAGGACAUCGGAGCAGGAGACCACUGAUCCCUACAAACCAGAAGCCCUGAUGGCAGAAGAGUCCAAACCUAAGCCAGCAUGGAGCCAGAGCUACUUCUUUCCUGAGGAGCAGUUCUCUUUCAUGGGCUGGGGCUCCGAGAAGCAGCAUCUCAGCCCCACGGGCUUCAGUGAACCCAAGACAACAGGGUCUGCUGCGACACUUGUCAAGCCCCUGGGUGCCACUGGUUCCAUUUUUUCCCCAUUUCAUCCUGCAACUAUGGAGGAGGCUGGGGCCACUGGGGAUAUGCCAGAAGUGGAGAGAUUCUAUCCCUUCUCAGACCGAAGGCCUGCCCCACAGCAGGCAGUCUCAGAAGAGCUCAUGAGAGAUGUGGUGGGCCGUGACAAGUCCCUGGCAGGGGUGCUAACCCCAGCCUCCAACAUGGUGACCACUGCUGAGGUCAUGGGUGACCUCUUUGCUGUGGGAGAUCCGCAGUGGAGGGGCCAUUUCAAGCAGGAGUGGUACCACCGGGAAAGAAGAAAUUAUCAGAGUGUCCAGGAAAGCCUCAGGGUGCCUUUACAAGAAUUUCAGCACUUCUCGCCUCCUCAGGGGGCCCCAGGGAUCCCUACCUCUUAUUCAGCUUAUUACAAUAUUUCUGUGGCCAAGGCAGAGCUGUUGAACAAAUUGAAAGACCAACCAGAGAUGGCAGAAAUUGGCCUAGGAGAGGAGGAAGUUGACCAUGAACUGGCUCAGAAAAAGAUACAGCUUAUUGAAAGCAUUGGCAGAAAACUUUCUGUCCUGCGGGAGGCGCAGCGAGGAUUGCUAGAGGACAUCAGUGGCAAUUCUGCUCUUGGAGAGGAGGUGGAGGCCAACCUAAAAGCUGUCUGCAAGUCCAAUGAGUUUGAAAAAUACCGUUUGUUUAUUGGGGACCUGGACAAAGUGGUCAACCUGUUGCUGUCACUCUCUGGACGACUGGCCCGGGUGGAGAAUGCUCUUAACAGCAUCGAUUCAGAGGCCAACCAGGAGAAGUUGGUGCUGAUAGAGAAGAAGCAGCAGCUGACAGGGCAGUUGGCAGAUGCCAAGGAGCUGAAGGAGCAUGUGGACCGACGGGAGAAGUUGGUGUUUGGCAUGGUCUCCCGCUACCUGCCUCAGGACCAGCUCCAAGAUUACCAGCACUUUGUGAAGAUGAAAUCUGCUCUCAUCAUUGAACAGCGAGAACUGGAAGAGAAGAUCAAGCUCGGGGAAGAGCAGCUCAAAUGUCUCAGGGAGAGCCUACUCCUGGGGCCCAGCAAUUUCUAAUUCCACCAGCAGACUGCCCACACCAUCCCUGCCCAUCCACAAUGGGAAAUGCUUCCAAUCUGUGUUAGCAGUUUGUUAGCAAGUAGAUAACAGUUAGUUAGCAGUUUGUUCUAUAUUCUCUGGAUGUCGCUCACUGCCCCUUAUCUAGCAGUGCUCCCAACCAGCAGGAGACUCCAGAGAGACCCUAGGGAAUAGAAGCAACAAAUAGAAGCUGUAGCAGGAUGUGAUCAAACAAACACACCAUCCUUCCCACAGUUUGCCCAGCAAGCACUCACCACACACAUUCCUUCAUUUUCCUUUGUACUAGGACACCAAAGACAUCAUGCACUCACCACCCACCCACACCAUAAUCAGCCUCUCAAGUCUCAGAGAGAAGCUUCCAAUGCAGCUUCCCUCUACCUAGCCAUUUCCCACAGAGAUCUGGCUGUCUUGAGGGCAUUUGCCUACAGAAUUUCAGGGCCUCACUCAAGUUUUGCAGUGGGAAGCAGAGAAGGACGAAUUACACUUAAUAGAAUGUGAGCAAAGGUUGAGGAUUCCCAGAUUCCCUCCUGGAAGGAGCUAGGCUUAAACAAAUUGUCUCCAUCCUCACCUUCCCCAGCAUCUACAUGAGGGGGAAGAGGCCCACUCUCAGCCCUGGCUGGUGUGGCCCUCCUCCUGUCCUAAGACUGUGGACCUACCACUUCCUAUUUCAUCUUGCCUCUUCCUUGCUGGGGGUCACAGGUGCCUACUCUAAGGGCUUCACACUAUGGGCCAUGAGUAACUCUACUAAAGCUGACUUCUGCAUACAUGUUUUAUUGUUGGGGGGAGGGGGUUCUUAUUGUUAUAUUUUAAAUAGCCUUUAUUUAUUUUUAUGUUUUAUUGUUUUUUUCUUCUUUUUUAACUAAUAAGGUGAGAAGAGGGGAGUUGGAAAGGGAAAAGUUAGCCCAGAAGGAAAGCAUUUUCUGUAGAUCAGCCUGGAUUCACCAUGGCUAGAUAAGCACGUGCCAAGACCUUGAAUUCUUCCCACCAUAGCUAACAAGUGUCUAAGAAAGAAGUUCUCACCUUGAACUGAGAGCUUCCCCACUGUGGCCUGGCCCUAUACUUCCCCUAAAGUCUGAAUGACCAUGAGCUUAGCAUUCCCCAACAGGGUUCAAUGUUUUCUUACUUAUUUUUUCUUAAAACCAAAGAAACCUGAAACUGACAAAGGAUCACCUAUGUCUCUACAGUCUCCAAGCUAAGGAAAGCGGAGAGGUGAGCUCAGGAGGAGCUCCUCUAUCUAAUUGCUUUCUCAGCCUGUGGCCUGGCUCAGGGAACCAAAAUUCAUGGUAGCUGCCAGGGUCAGCCAUCCCCCACCCCCAGAGCAAAUUAUAAUCCAGCCAGGAUCUGAGGUGCACAAACAACUAAUGCUGCUGCUGUUGCCAAGGCCCUGACACCAGUAGCCAGCUUCUAUCCUGGAAAAGCCCUCAGGUAGGCAAUGGCAGGAAGGGAGUUGUGGCCACACUCUGCCCUGUUAUCCAGCACAAUUCCCUAUUCCUUACUAACUGGGGCCCAUGCUUGAUAUUGCAUCGCCCUGGCCAGCAAGCCCUGGCAUCUGUUCUAGUCACGGCUGAGUCCCUCAUGGUCCAUGGAGGUUAACUGUAGCAGCAGGGUUGCCUCAUUCAACCAAAGAAUUUGCCAAAUAACUUUGCUGCUGCUACAAAUACUGGUCCCUAACUUCCAUUUCCUCUUCAUUGUAGUUGGAAACAAUGGAAGAAUCUUAGCCAGCAGGGUGUCCUUUUGGAGGGGAGGGCUGAGUAUGCUUUUAGAGCACUGCUGCUGUCAGAACCACUGUUAAAAUGUCAACCUGCCAUUCUCCUGUCAAGUGGAGGAUUCUCCUUUAUUCAGGAAGGCUGAUGGCUUGUAAAGGGCUGGGCUUAUCCAAACCAAAGUUAAGGAAUAUGGGGGAGUGUUUUGAAUAUUGGCUGUGGUUGCCAUUUUUAAAGAAGAAAUACAGGCUCUAAGACAAACAAUGAGCAAAUUAAGAUGUUCUGUAUUGAGGUUAUACGGCCCAUGUAGUCCAUUGUUCAAAGCUUUUUUUUUUUUUGUUUGUUUGUUUUCUAGAACAGCUUUUUAGAAAUAUGGGCCCAGGGAAAAGAAUGGUCUCUCACCUGGACACCAUGGUCAUAGUCUGAGUUUUUCUAGUUAGCAGUACAUUGGUUGUACCUUAAGUUUAUCACAGUAAAAGUACUAUUGACUCUGUUAUUUUUGUCCCUUAUCCCACUUCAAAUUACCCUAGAGUUGGAAUCAGGACACGAGGAUGCUCAUUUUCACACAGAAUGACAGUUUCCAAAGAACUUAAUAAAAUAACUCCAAAGUUAUAUUGAGCACGGAAGCUAGGCCAACAAAGGUGAACUAUUAAACAGGCACUGAUGCCUGGCACUGCUGACAUGGCAAUUCCAUUGUGAGUGAUAGUACUGCAAAGCUAUCAGUAUUACUUGAGAUAUAGUCUCUCUCCCCCAUUCUCAUUUCCUGGGGUCUGCCCCCCAUGAAAAUCUGCCAGGAGGUAGCAGUUUGGGAGGCAGGCCAAGGGAUUUCUACAAAGACAGUUAUUGGUCUUGAUUUCUGCCCUCUCCCUUCAAACACUCAUACAGGCCCCACUGGGUAAUAGGUAAGCACAAUGGUUGAUAUAGAGAGAGGAAUCAGUGCAAGAGCUACUACCACAUGUCCCUCCUAACUCCCUGCUCCUAGGAUGCUGGGUAAUUGAGUCUCCUUGAGUCCUACCAGCUGCAGACUCAGCCAGGAUAUAGCAGUAAAUGCUCAAGGGGAAUGCAAGAGAAAGAGACAGACACUGAAAAUAAAGACCUAGCACUGGACAGACUGGAAGCUGAGGAACGGAGAGGGUAAAAAAUGAAAAGCCUCUAUCAAGGCCAGGUUCAGGUUCUGUUUUCCAUUUAACCUCAUGUGCCAAAAAGCUAUCCAGGGGCACUAGAGCCACAACUUUAACCCCAGGCUCCCAGUCGCAGGUUUCAAAUGAAGGAAACGGGGCACAUUUCAGGUCACUUCUUCCCAGCUGGAGCUUGGUGACUCCCACUGUCUUUGCCACAGGAGUUCUCUAUGCCAAUAAUAUUUCUGUAACAGCGUAUUGUAUUCUUUGAAGAUUAGUAGAUCUUUAGAGGGGGGUGGGGCAGGGGGCAAUUUCUAUAGAUACAGAACCAGUGUUUGUUGUACAGCUGUUGGGGGGCAUCUAUCCCAUGUGAAGCUAUUAUUUUUCUGAAUCUUAUUGUUUUUGCAUUUGUGUCCUCCACCACUCCCUUCUUGGCUGACAUUGAUAUGCCUGCCAGAUUGUCAUCAAGGGUCAUACUUCAAUAAAAGGU